AUGAGAGAAGUCGUCGGGAGGAUGACAGAGGUCAUCGGCGGAAGUACUCCAGAUCACGGAGUCCUGAUGUAUGUUGCUGCCACGGUCUCCCCAUCUCUGUGGAUCAAUGCUUACACUCUUUCUGCACAGCGCCGGUACCGCGACCGCCGUGACCGUGACCGUGAUGGCUACCGGCGGCGAGACCGUUCCAUAGACCGCCGAUACGAUAGCCGGAGAGAUGAUGAUUAUCAUUAUUCGAGGCGGGAUAGGUCAAGAGACAGGAGGCGUUCCCGAGAUCGUGACGAUCGACGACGGAGUAAAGACAGAGAUACACGCUCCAAACGAGACGAUUCGCGUGAUAAAGAUCGUCGUCCUAGGGAUGAGUCGACGGAAUCAAGAAAGCGGAAACGGGAGAAUAGUCGUGCUCGUGAUACGAGACGGGACUCUGGUGGGAUCUCUAGAGAGGUGAGUUCCAAAAAGACGCUUCAAUCAUACGGCGCUCAUCACCACCUACAGACUUCGAAGCCGCGCACCCCUACCCAUCAAACGGCCGAGGAGCAGAAGGCUGCUCGACUUGCGAAGCUGGAACAAUGGAAGAAGAAGCAGGCCGAAGAGCAAGCCAGAAAGCAGAAGGAGCUUGAGGCUUCAGGUGGAGCACGAAGCAUUCUAAAUGAGAUUGACAGGAAAGCAGAGCUCUCGCCGGCUGUAAGCUCGCCGCAGUCACCUGCAGCUAACAUCUCUACUACUACGGCCCCUGAACCCACUGCACCUUCAUCCAAUUCUUAUUCCGGAAAAUUUGACCCAAAGGCCAUAGUGAAGAAAGCUCAACACGGUCCUGCGUCGGCCAAAGUGCUUGGUGGCGACGUACCGGCCCCAGUCCUCACCAAUGGCCAUUCGUCGCCAAAGGAUCAGCCCAAUCCCGCCACAAAUGGCUCCUCAACCGCGAAAGCGUUGAAGGCCAAGGGUAAUUUGGGCAAAUUUGGGCUUGGGAGCAAGGCUGCAACCGAAACUGAUCUUUCCAAGUCAGCGCUGGCUUUUGAGGACGACGAGGGGACAAAGAAAACACUUUUAAAGCUCCCGGACAUGCAGCUUGAAACCAAUGGUGACUCUCGUGCUGUCAAUCCGGACGAAGUAGAUGGCGAGGAUGAUGUUGACAUGCAAGAUGAAGGCACAGAAGAAGAGGCUAUGGCGGCCGCACGUGCUGCCGCAGAGCAAAGAAGUCGCGCAGAAAGGGGCGAAGAUACAGCCAUGACUGAUGCAUCCGCGGCAGUGUCGACGACGGACGCUACAGAUGCCCAAGCAGAGGAAGAGGAUGUAGAUCCAUUGGAUGCCUUCAUGCAAGAUCUGCAACCUCAGCAAAACACAAAAUCAUUUGGACAGAAGUCGAAUGCUAAAUCUCGCCAGCAAGAGCCAGAGGCCCUGUUCUCAGACGAUGACGUUGAUUUCACUGCAAUCGACGACGACAAUCCCGACAACAUCCUUUCGCUGGCAAACGCCACUGCGAAAAAGAAGAAGAAGGAUAUUCCAGCGGUCAAUCACUCAAAGAUCAAUUAUGAGCCAUUCCGGCGCAACUUCUAUUCGGAACCUAUUGAAAUGGCAGAGAUGACCGAAGAAGAGGUGGCGGUCCUGCGAAUGGAGCUUGACAACAUCAAAGUGAGAGGUGUGAAUGUCCCAAAGCCUGUACAAAAAUGGGCUCAGUGUGGUCUGGGCGUACAGGUUCAAGAAGUCAUACAAAGACUAGGCUAUGAAGCUCCUACCAGCAUUCAGGCUCAGGCAAUUCCUGCAAUCAUGUCUGGUCGAGAUGUCAUCGGUGUCGCCAAAACAGGCUCUGGCAAGACAAUUGCAUUUCUCCUCCCGGUGUUUCGGCAUAUCAAGGACCAGAGACCGCUAGACCCACUGGACGGUCCGAUUGGGCUCAUCCUCAGUCCCACCAGAGAGCUCGCCACGCAGAUCCAUAAAGAGUGCAAGCCGUUCUUGAAGGCUCUUGGGUUGAGGGCUGUCUGUGCUUACGGAGGUGCACCGAUCAAGGAUCAGAUUGCCGAUCUAAAGCGAGGUGCUGAGAUUGUGGUAUGCACACCUGGUAGAAUGAUCGACUUGCUUGCCGCCAACGGUGGCCGGGUGACAAAUCUGAAGCGUGUCACGUAUGUGGUACUGGACGAGGCAGACCGAAUGUUCGACAUGGGUUUCGAGCCUCAGGUCAUGAAGAUUCUGUCGAAUAUUCGGCCAGAUCGUCAGACAGUGUUAUUCUCGGCCACCUUUCCACGACAAAUGGAGGCGUUGGCGAGAAAGACUCUGAACAAACCGAUUGAAAUUAUCGUGGGCGGGCGCAGUGUCGUAGCUCCGGAGAUUACUCAAAUCGUCGAGGUCCGAGACGAGAGCACCAAAUUCGUCCGAUUGCUGGAGCUUUUGGGUAAGCUAUACGAAGACGAUAAGAACGAAGAUGACCGUGCUCUCAUAUUUGUUGAUCGGCAGGAGUCCGCCGACAGCCUGUUGAGGGAUUUGAUGAAGAGAGGAUAUCCAUGCAUGUCGAUUCAUGGUGGGAAAGAUCAAAUCGACCGCGACUCGACCAUUGCCGAUUUCAAAGCCGGUGUGAUUCCCAUCCUCAUUGCCACCUCUGUCGCGGCUCGUGGUCUGGACGUUAAACAAUUGAAACUGGUGGUCAAUUAUGACGCGCCAAAUCACUUGGAGGACUAUGUGCACCGAGCUGGUCGUACAGGAAGAGCAGGAAACACUGGUACUGCAGUGACCUUCCUGACCGAAGAGCAGGACCGGUAUGCAGUUGAUAUCGCCAAGGCUUUGAGGCAAAGUGGUCAACCGGUUCCGGAAUCAGUGCAGAAGCUUGUCGAUACUUUUAUGGAGAAGGUCAAAGCUGGCAAGGAAAAAGCUGCAGGAUCUGGGUUCGGUGGCAAAGGUCUUGAACGACUGGACCAGGAACGCGACGCGGCCAAAGCUCGAGAGCGCAAGACAUUUAAGACCGGAGACGAGGUGGAAGAGGAAGAAGAAAAGGAAGACAGUAAAGACGUCAAAGUAGGCGACGAUCUAUUCGCCAAGGCAGCAUCGAGUGUCAAGGCAUCCGAUGCGCCUGCUCCGUCCAGCUCUCUCCCCGGCGUCCCCAAGGGUAUCGAUCUCGACGGCAAGAUCACAGUGCACAGGACAGAACGGGAGGCACCAUCUUCUGGACCUGCAAGUCAGAUGGACAAAGUCGCCGCCGCUGUUGGUGCCAUCAACCAGAAACUGUCCAAAGCCGGGAUCAUGCGCUCCGGUGUGCCGAUCGACAACAAAGGUCCAGAUGCCGGUGCAUUCCAUGCGACCCUGGAGAUCAACGAUUUUCCUCAAAAGGCCAGAUGGGCUGUCACGAAUCGGACCAAUGUCGCCAAAAUCCUCGAAUCCACAGGAACUUCCAUCACCACCAAGGGCUCCUUCUAUCCGGCCGGCAAAGAGCCAGGGCCGGGCGAGAAUCCAAAGUUGUAUAUUCUUGUCGAAGGCGAUACGGAGGUCGUGGUGCGCGAUGCAAUGAGAGAGUUGAUGCGGCUGUUGAAGGAAGGGACCAUGAGUGCUGCGGAGUCGACGGAGCGCACCGGAGGACGAUACUCUGUAGUUUAG